AUGUAAGUUAUGCUUAAAUUAUAUUUAAAACAAGAACAUUAAGUUAGCACUGACAAUUUAGUAACAAAUAAGUCUAAUAAAUUUUAUAAUUUAAGUUUAAUGUAAACUUUUUGUCAAUCAUAAAUUCAAUCUUAAAUCAGAAGUAGUUCUUUAACUGCUAGAAGAUAAAAUUUCAAGUCGUUUUCCUUAUCACAAUAUACAAGUGAAGAUGAAAUCUCAAGAUAGAUUAGGUUUGAUCCAUUGAUUCAGCAAUUAGAUUUUAUGUUAAAAAAGAGAACCCCAAAAAAUAAAAAUAUUUAAACCUUGGAAUCCAAGUUUUAUAAUCCUUUUGAAUUUAAGAUUAAGAAUUACUAGAUGAUUAAUGUAAGAGUAAUUCCCAACAAUGAGAAAGGAAAACGAAAGGCUGUAACAUCAUAUCGCAGGCAAUAGACAUCAUUCAAAGGAAGAGAAAAAAGCCUAUAAACAUAGUGGCAAAGGGUGUCUUAGGAAUUUAGUGAUACCUAUAUGUGAAUAAAAAUAAAAUUUG